CUCGCCUGAGCCGAAGCAGAGUCAUCCUCCCUGCGCGCUUCCUGGAUUGCAAAGAAGGAGAUCAUUCAACAGUGUUUGGUUCUCCCCUUCUAAAAAGGCAGCUAAUGUUAGCAAGGCCACUCUCCACACGAACGAUGCUAAGACUGGCGACAACGUAGCGGAAAUUGAGAUGCUCACGCCUCCACACCACAUUAGUCUUGUGGACAUAGGAAAUAGUGUAGCUUCACUUGAUGCACCACGUUCUGACAAACCAGUAGGGAUUGGGAUAAAUCCCCACACCACUAUUGAAACAGAUACAAGUCCAAAAACAUCAAAUGGGACUGUCGAUAGCUCCAGUGAAGGUACGUUACGGCCCAUUGACAUUAUGACUACACAUAGCAGCAGUGGUCAUGGUUCGCGUCCUAAGCGUCUUAGAUCAAACAGGGGCCUUCGUGCUGGAGAGGUGACUCCCCGUGUCCCAAUGACAGUCGUGAAUUAUAAUGCAGCUGCACAGAGUGGCAAGCCAAAAUUCCCCAUUGUUCCUGCGAUGAGCCAAGGCUGUUCUCCUGGCAGGCCUGUACAUGGCUUUGCUGAAUCACAGACCACUUAUUUAUGCCCCUAUCCAUACUCUAUUCCGCCUCCUCCUCUCACAAUGCCUUCUGUGAGCCCUUCGGCAAUGACACCCUAUCCAAUUAAGCUCAAUCGCCCCGACUUACCACAGCAUUCUUUUUGCAUUCCCCCACCCAUUCCCCCACCCCCCCUAAUCCCGAUAGGACUGGCGAAUCUCACGGUAAGGGAUUUGCUGCGGAAGGCUUUAGAACUAAUGUGAUUGCAAGAAUAAAUACUGGACGGAGUGAUAAACAACGCCAGGAGUUUUUAAAACUGGUGAUAAUUAAUAUCCGUUCUCUGUUGAAUAAACUUCAUUUACUCCGCACCUUCAUAAGUCUGAAUAAACCAGAUAUGAUUUUACUCACUGAAACCUGGUGUCAUGAUUCUAUGCCCAGCCAGCUGCUUUCUAUCGAAGGUUAUAAGCUUAUUAGAAGUGAUCGAAAACAAGGCAGAGGAGGUGGUUGCAUAAUUUACUACUCACAGAACCUCACUGUGUCUGAAUUCACACUUCCACUUAUAUGCCCCACUAUUGAUUCCGCUUGGUUACUCUUGUCCUUUGGUACUAAGCGAAUUCUUGUAGGCUGUAUAUACCGCUCACCCGGGACCAGCCUCAGUGAUGAGAACCAGUUGGUUGACAUCUUCAAUUACAUAUCGGACCUUGGUUCCUUCGAUAAAGUUGUAGGUGGAGAUUUCAACCUACCAGAUAUCUGUUGGUCAAACUUAGUAACAAACGCGAAACAUGCAGAGUUCAUAACCUCCGUCAUCACUGGGGGUUGGGAGCAACAUGUUCUCGUGGCUACCAGGGGGAAAAAUAUAUUAGACCUACUUUUUACCUCAGGCACCUCCCAGAUAGCUACUGAUGUAAUUGACGGUCUCCCUGGAUGUGAUCACAAAAUAGUCAGAUUUAAACUUAUAGCUGAGUCGUCGCAUGUGAGGUUUGCGAUGGUUCCACACUUCCUGCGAAAUAUUAAUUGGGUAGAUUUCUCAGCUUUGCUUAGGGUCCAAAAUUGGGACCAUUUCUUUCUUUCGUCUGAUAUUAAGGGAGCCUCCGAUAUCUUCUAUGACAAUGUGGCUAUGUGCUUAAGCAUACUUGCCUCCUGUGAUAACACGAGAGUCUCUUCUAAAUACGCUAAUAAUGCAAAGGACAAGCGGAAAAUUCGAGUGCUAACUCGAACAUUUGAACGUACUCAUGACUUUAGUGUAUUAUUGAGACUCCAACGCCUUAUAAUUGAGAUGGACAUGAAACAUCGAACUCGUCUCAUGCAGGAAGAACGACGGGCUGUAAAUAGUAGUAAUACAAGUCAACUGGUGACUGCAUUACUGAGGAAAAGGAGAGGUGGCAAAACUGACCUACCCUCCCACAUCGUCAUGCCUGAAGGUGAUUGCAUUGAUUCCCCAAUCGCCAUGGCGGAAGCCUUUAACUCAUACUUUGCUAGAUCCUUUAAUGUUGAAAAAGAAACCCUGGAUUUGUCAACCUCAUUUCACUUCUCUGAACAAGUCCCAGCGAUCGAGCUUAGUGUUGCUACGAUAAAACGUAUGCUUACUUGUCUACGACCAUCCUACAGACCUGGCCCCGAUGGGAUCUCUUCUGCUUUAAUCAAACACGGUGGAGAUGAUAUCCCUCUUAUAGUAUUAAAUAUCUUCUCUUUGUCUCUCCAGUCUGGUCAAUACCCCGAACGUUGGAAAACGGCUACGGUCAUACCGAGACAUAAGUCCGGGUCGAAAACUGACAUCCGGAACUACCGCCCCAUUAGUCACACAGCCAUUCUCUCACGCAUGCUAGAGAGAAUUGUUAAGGAACAUUUGGUUUCGUUCCUAAUAUCGCACAAACUUCUCUCACCUUCACAGCAUGGCUUUCUGAAAUCUCGCUCGUGUGUUACCUGUCAAGUUGACUUCCUUAACCAUCUAACUGAAGCAAUUGACUCAGGUCUUCAGUGCAUUGUUAUCUUCCUCGACAUGCAAAAGGCUUUUGACAGAGUCCCACACAAAAAGCUGUUAUGUAAAUUAAGUAAGUACGGUGUUACAAACCCGCUUUACUCUUGGAUCCAAUCUUACCUUGUAGGACGGUCGCAAGUUGUGGAUAUCAAUGGUUACAUCUCUUCACCUCGUCCGGUUACCAGUGGAGUGGUGCAGGGCAGUGUCUUAGGCCCGUUGCUCUUCCUACUGUAUAUAAAUGACCUGGUUUCUGUCAUACAAUUUGGGAAGCCUUAUUUAUUUGCUGAUGAUUUAAAGGUGGUCUACACGUUCCCAGGUUCUCAGCGUACCGCUGAAGUUAACAAUAUCCAAAGCGACUUGGAAGCCAUUGAGAGAUGGGCUGAUAUGUGGCAGAUGACAUUUGCAACAUCGAAGUGUAGUAUUCUAUCGUAUGGAUGUCAGAUAGCAGCAGAAGUGUUCAGGCUUCAUGAUGAAGUCAUUCCCAUCAGCCAGUCUGUUCGUGACUUAGGUUUAAGAUAUUCUAGUUCGUUAAACUUUAGCGAACAUACAAAUCAUAUAGUGAAAAAGGCUAAGCAGUCGGUCGGGCUCAUAUGCCACCUGCUAACCUUGAAAGAAACCAGACUAAUUGCUUUCAAAAUCAGUAUCUGGCCUUUGCUUGAAUAUUGUUGUGCUGUGUUCAGUAACUUGCGAAAGGCUGACUUGAGAGCCAUUGAAAACGUCCAACGCGCCUUUACGAAGCGCAUAUUUGGCUGUUCAACCGCUCUUUCAUACCGAGAUAGGUGCAAGCAAUUGAAUCUUGAACCUCUGUGGUUACGAAGAAUGCAACUAAAUCUGUGCUUCCUCCACAAACUCGCGUGGCGGAAAGCAUAUAUUGGAACCUAUCAAUUGCACUUUCGGGAAAACACCACUUAUGAACUGCGAGAUAAAGAAUGCAUAUUCUAUUUACCUAAAUUCAAGAGCAGUCUAAGGAGAAAUUUCUAUCUUCUUAGGUAUGGCUCCAUUUGGAAUAAGCUGCCAAAAGAGAUUAGAUGUAUUGAACAUUUCUGCAUGUUCAAGAAAAUGAUAAAGGCUUAUCUGUCAACGGACAGAGCGAAAUGGAUCUUAAACAUUCAAUUUGAUGAUGAAAAACUGUAUGAAGAAGGGCCGGAUCAUGUAUGAUACCGGAGAACAUCAACUCUACUGCACCAGAGAAAACUUGAUCAGCUAGGAUGAGCUGAUACAAACCGCUUCUUAUGCUAUUCCUUAACGCUACAUUCCAUGCGGUUUUACUCCCUUUAAACUUAAUUCAUAUCAGCUGUCUUCUGUUUAAAACCGAGAGCAAAAUUAUUUACUGGUGUGACGUCAGGAGCUAUUUUCGUAAUUUUCCCCACAAAUUGAUUAAUUCGUAAUAUUGUUCUGCGAUCCCUUUCGCUACAUUUGUUCUCCAGUGCUAAUCAUUUCCCCCUCUUUUCUGAAACUAACAGUCCAGAAACAUAUACUUGAAUUCAAGGAUGGCAAUAACUGAUUCCCUACGCGACUUUUGCCUAUGGACAACUUGUACAGUCAUCUGUCUCCGGGUGUCACGCUACACAAUUUAUCGUAUGAUCGGCUCGAUCGAUUUCUACGCCGAUGUACAAAACAUACCUGCCUAUUUCUUACAUUAACGAUAUAGUACCUCUUUCACAGAAUUCUUCUUUUCUAUAUUCUUCCUUAUUUCAUAGUUGGCCACGACUGGGCUGAUCUCCUGUGGUGACGGAUUACAGCUUCCAGAUUAUAAAAGACGUUACCUAUGCAAGGCAAAUUGCCACCAACUGUCUGGCGUAUAAAAAAGUGCCAUAAUAGAAUGAUCCGCAUGACGGACUGGGCUGAGCCUUCAUGGCCCAUAAUACAUGUUCAAAAACAGCUCUAAAAUGAACAAAACAUAUGAUAUACAGGUGAUGGCUCAUAUGCUACUAUGCCACACCGGCACACGGCCAGUUAUUGCAUGGAAGUGCGAGCGAAACCUUUCGAGGGAAUACCUUGCAUGGAAGCAGGUCCCCUGGGGAUGGUUCCACGAGUGGCCGUAUUACUUUAACUGGACAUCUGUUUAAAUUUGCUUACGUUAUUGUUCCUGCUUUUUAUUUUCUUUAAUGCCUUAAUCCUGCCAAUUAGUUUAGUACCUGUUUUUGGAUCCAUUGUAAAAAGCGUGAACAAAUUGAUUAUUUUUUUGCGAUCUUGUUGUACACAUUGAUCAGACCACAUAGUUGGACUGCACCUCGAAACACCGAGGAAUAUAACAUUUAGUUAUUUAU